AAUUUAUUAAAAAUUUAAACAAUAUAUUUAUCUAUUAAUUCAUGCGGAUGUUAGUUUAAAUGAUAAACAAAUAAUUCAUUUUAUGUUUGGUAAUUUUAAAAAAAUAAGCAUUAACGAUUGAUCAUCUACUGAAAGUAAAAUAUGGAUUUUUAUCUGUCCAUUAAAAGUGGGUCAUGGGUCAUGACAAGAUCGCCAUUGCGCACGCUUCUAUUAUCGAUUGAACCAUUCUGAAUGUAUAUGUGUGUUAAGAUAUCAUUAUUAAGCUGGUAAAGGCAGAACCAGUGCUUGAUUGCUCUUCUUCCAAGGUAGUAAAUAAAUAAGUGCUCUAAUACUAUUAUUAAAAUAGUAUAAAUUAAUUUUAAUAAUUAAAAUAAAACAAAAAUGUGGUUAAAAAAAAUAAUAACAAUUUUAUUGAUAUGAACGAGGGAAAUAUAUAUAGAUAUAUAUAUUAUAUAUUCGGCCAUUUUGCUAAUAUACAAGAUAGCGAGCGAAUAGGAAGAGAGUUUUAGUUUAGUCGUUUUAUGCAGAGGUGGUGGCAGUAAAAUCUGUAAUUACAAGUGGAAGUGGACAAGCCCGAUUGUCGUCCACGAGAAGAGUGUCAUCAGGACGGAAAUAAUUAACGGCGUAAGCCGCGGUGAUACGUCUUCUCCACGCUGACGAUAUACAUACAAAUAAAUUAAAAUGGCUGGUAAUAUGGGUAUGGAACAAUUGAUUCCAAUUGUUAAUAAGCUGCAAGAUGCUUUUACUCAACUUGGAGUAUCUAUGCAAUUGGACCUUCCCCAAAUUGCGGUUGUGGGUGGUCAAAGUGCGGGAAAGAGUUCAGUACUGGAAAAUUUUGUUGGAAAAGACUUCCUGCCACGAGGAUCAGGCAUUGUAACAAGAAGACCUCUCAUUUUACAACUCAUCAACAGCUCUACUGAAUAUGCCGAAUUUUUACACUGUAAAGGCAAAAAAUUUGUGGAUUUUGAUGAAGUUCGUAAAGAAAUCGAAGCAGAAACUGAUCGAGUUACAGGAAGUAAUAAAGGAAUAUCAAAUGUACCAAUUAACUUGAGAGUAUAUUCACCAAAUGUAUUGAAUUUGACUUUGAUUGAUUUACCGGGUCUUACAAAAGUGCCAAUUGGUGAUCAACCAGCUGAUAUUGAAAAUCAAAUUAAAGGAAUGAUAUUUCAAUUUAUAAAAAAAGAAAAUUGUCUUAUAUUAGCAGUUACACCAGCAAAUACUGAUUUAGCUAAUAGUGAUGCUUUAAAGCUUGCCAAAGAAGUUGAUAUUCAAGGUGUUAGAACGAUUGGUGUUAUUACUAAGCUCGAUCUUAUGGACGAAGGUACAGAUGCAAGAGAUAUUUUGGAAAAUAAAUUAUUACCGUUACGACGAGGAUAUAUUGGUGUUGUUAAUCGAAGUCAGAAAGAUAUUGAUGGAAGAAAAGAUAUUAAAAAUGCAUUGGCAGCUGAAAGAAAAUUUUUCCUUAGUCACCCGUCCUAUCGACAUUUGGCAGACAGAUUGGGAACACCAUAUUUACAACGUGUCCUUAAUCAACAAUUGACUAAUCAUAUUCGAGAUACUUUACCUGCAUUACGUGAUAGAUUACAAAAGCAACAGUUGGCAUUGGAGAAAGAUGUUGAACAAUAUAAACAUUUCAGGCCUGAUGAUCCUGCUAUUAAAACAAAAGCUAUGUUACAGAUGAUUCAACAACUGCAAUCAGAUUUUGAGAGAACUAUUGAAGGUUCUGGAUCCGCUCAAAUAAAUACGAUGGAAUUGAGUGGUGGUGCUAAAAUAAAUCGUUUAUUUCAUGAAAGAUUUCCUUUUGAAAUUGUUAAAAUGGAAUUUGAUGAAAAAGAACUACGUAGAGAGAUUGCAUUUGCAAUCAGAAAUAUUCAUGGUAUUAGAGUGGGACUUUUCACUCCUGAUAUGGCUUUUGAAGCAAUUGUAAAGAAACAAAUAAAUAGGUUAAAAGAACCCAGUUUAAAGUGUGUUGACCUAGUCGUGCAAGAACUUAGUAAUGUUGUGCGCAUUUGUACAGAUAGGAUGUCACGUUAUCCUAGAUUAAGAGAAGAAACUGAGCGAAUAAUUACAACUUAUGUUAGACAACGAGAACAGCUUUGUAAAGAACAACUUAUUCUUCUUGUUGAUUGCGAGUUGGCUUAUAUGAAUACCAAUCAUGAAGAUUUCAUCGGUUUUGCCAACGCACAACAAUCUUCUGAAAAUGCUGUUAAAGCUGGACGUCAUACACUUGGCAAUCAAGUUAUUCGUAAAGGAUACAUGUGUAUUCAUAAUUUAGGUAUUAUGAAAGGUGGUUCAAGAGAUUACUGGUUUGUUUUGACAUCUGAAAGUAUUUCUUGGUUCAAAGAUGAAGAGGAACGUGAAAAAAAAUACAUGUUGCCAUUGGAUGGAUUAAAACUUCGUGAUCUUGAACAAGGAUUUAUGUCAAGACGUCAUUUAUUCGCGCUAUUUAACCCCGAAGGUCGCAAUGUUUAUAAAGAUUAUAAGCAACUUGAGCUUAGUUGUGAAACUCAAGACGAUGUUGAUUCUUGGAAAGCGUCUUUCUUACGGGCUGGUGUCUAUCCUGAAAAAUCAACUGAACAGGCUAAUGGUGAUGGCGAGGGUGGUAGUGAAGGUCAAUCUUCAAUGGACCCUCAAUUGGAACGUCAAGUUGAAACGAUAAGAAACUUGGUCGAUUCAUACAUGAAAAUAGUUACAAAAACUACUCGUGAUCUUGUUCCAAAAACAAUAAUGCAUUUAAUAAUCAAUAAUGCCAAGGAUUUUAUAAAUGGAGAAUUAUUAGCGCAUCUAUAUGCCAGUGGUGAUCAGUCUUCUAUGAUGGAAGAAUCACCAGAAGAAGCUCAGAAACGAGAAGAAAUGUUGAGAAUGUAUCAUGCAUGCAAAGAAGCCUUACGUAUAAUUGGAGAUGUAUCAAUGGCAACAGUAUCAACACCCGUGCCACCACCAGUGAAAAAUGAUUGGCUUGCAUCGGGUGAAAAUCCAAGAUUAUCACCACCAUCACCAGGAGGACCGAGACGGGGUGUAACUCAACCUCCACCACCAGCUAGUUCACGAGCACCACCACCAGUACCAGCAGGUGGUCGACCGGCUCCAGCUAUUCCCAACCGGCCUGGACCUGGUGGCCCACCACCAUCACGUGGAACACCCGGGCUUCCACCUCCACUAAUUCCAUCUCGAGGAGGUAUCCAACAAAGAGUGACUCAAGCCGCGACACAAGCUGCUGCUAAUGCCGCUGUGAACGAGCUGAUGGAUGCAUUCAGGAUCAAGCGCCCUGUACCCAAUAUUCCUCCCCGUAUUCCUGAUAGACCAUACUCCGGCCGACUUAAUUGAACUAAGGAAUAUAUAAUUUACCUGCCUAAAUGCCAACAUCGAGUGCUGUUUCAAGAAUACCAACGAAUACGAUUAAAUAAGUCAAUUAUUUAAGUUUAAAUUUUCUUUUUAAUUGAGAAAAAAAAAGAAUUGUAGACAUGAAAAAAAUUUUUUCCGGCAGCUAGUUAUUAUUUUCACUUAAAUUUAAAAAUAGACAUUAUACUAAACCUCUAGUGAUAUAAACGUUAAAAAUAAUAAAUGAAGAGAGUUACAUAAUGAAGACUGCAAGUAAUUAUAAAUAAUUCAGUGAUUUUUUCCUUUUUUUUUGUCAAUUAUGUACAAUUUUUUAAAAUAACAUCACUGCAGGAUUUAUAAGACAAGUAUUAUGGUAUGCGAUACUUGAAUAAUCAACUGAAAAUGACUAAUUAGUUGUGUUAAAUACACGGAUAUAUUAUGGCUGUUUGUCAAUUUUUUAAAUUAUCAUUUAUAUUAUUUUUUAAAUUAUAUUAAGUAAGGUAUAAUAGUUAAUUCAAUAAUUCACGAUACAUAGAAUAGUUAAUAUUUAAAUAAUAUUAAAAAUGUACUUGAUAGUAAUUUACUAUUUAGUAUUGUCGACAAUCACUGUAAAUAAAUACUUUGUAUACUUAUUAAUAAUUAUUGUAAUUAUCUAAGCAUUAUUGUGGCUAUCAGAAAUUUAAAAAUUAAAAUUUUAAAAGAUCAGUAUUAUAGCCAUUUUUAAAAAUAAAAUAAAAUAUAAUUAAGAUUAACAAUUUAAAAGCAAACCCAAUUACCUCGAUUGUAAUAACGCUUAUUUUUCAUUA